CCGUUUUUAUCACGUGACUACGGGAUUUUCUUAAACCACGUUGACAUUAACGAAGAUGGCGUCCAAACCAAGUCAGAAGAUAGCUCUUAUUACCGGCAUCACAGGACAGGAUGGUUCGUAUCUGGCAGAGUUUUUACUGGCCAAAGGAUACCAGGUUCAUGGAAUCAUUAGGAGGUCCAGUUCCUUCAACACCUCCAGAAUAGAGCAUCUGUAUGCUGACCCCAAGUCACACACUGAAGGAUCCAUGCACCUUCACUAUGGAGACCUGACAGACAGUACCUGCUUGGUCAAGAUUAUCAGUCAAAUUCGUCCCCAUGAAAUCUACAACCUAGGAGCCCAGAGCCAUGUCAAAGUCUCCUUUGAGUUGGCUGAAUACACUGCCAAUGUUGAUGCCGUUGGAACACUGCGUUUGUUAGAUGCAAUUAGAACAUGUCAGCUUGCCGACCAAGUCAAAUUUUACCAAGCAUCCACCAGCGAAAUGUUCGGAAAAGUUCAGGAAAUCCCCCAGAAAGAAACCACUCCUUUCUACCCCAGAUCUCCUUAUGGUGUGGCCAAGCUGUACGCCUACUGGAUAGUAAUCAACUACCGAGAAGCCUACGGCAUGUACGCCUGUAACGGAAUCCUGUUUAACCACGAGAGUCCAAGGAGAGGUGAGACAUUUGUGACGAGGAAGAUCACACGAGCCGUGGCUAAAAUAACUCUUGGUCAACAAGAGAACGUACAGCUCGGAAACCUGGACGCAAAGAGAGACUGGGGCCACGCCAAGGACUAUGUAGAGGCAAUGUGGCUGAUGCUUCAACAAGAAAAACCUGAGGAUUUCGUGAUCUCUAUGGGAGAAUGCCACAGUGUCCGAGAAUUUGUGGAGAAAGCCUUCAAAGUUGUCAACGUGGAUAUUGUGUGGGAAGGAGAAGGCGUGAAUGAGGUAGGAAAGGACAAGAAUACCGGGGAGGUUCGAGUCAAGGUCAACCCCAAGUUCUACCGCCCCACAGAAGUGGAAUUUCUGCUGGGAGAUUGUACGAAAGCAAAGACAGACCUGAAGUGGCAGCCCAAUUACUCCUUUGAUGCAUUGGUCAAAGAAAUGGUUGAAAGUGAUGUAUCAUUAAUGAAAACUAAUCCACUGGCAUAAUACAUAUAAGGUUCAUUUUCAUUCACAUUCAGCCGUUGUGUGAACAAUCUUGUGGGAUCAAACUUAGACCUUCUUAUGUGAACAUUUUAUCAUAUUUAAGUUCAUUGGGUGUUUUUAUUAAUUAAGUAUUUUGUUUCAAUCAUUAGGAUUAAUUUCAAUUAGAAAGAUAGCUUUUAUUUUGUAUCCAGAUUUUUUUUUUAUUAUUUUAUUACAU